GCGGUGGGAGGCGGACGUCCGGCCGCCAUGGCGCUGGUAGAAACGGCGGUUCGGGGGCGGCUGCUGCCGUGGCCGCGCGUGGUGCUCUUCGGGGACUCCAUCACUGAGUUCUCCUUCCAGGAAGGCGGCUGGGGAGCGUCCCUCGCUAGCAGACUGGUCAGAAAGUGCGAUGUUGUAAACCGUGGAUUCUCGGGGUACAACAGCAGAUGGGCUAAACUUAUCCUUCCGAGGCUGAUCGCUGGAGGUGCUGCUGCUGAGAGCACUGUUGCUGUUACUAUUUUCUUUGGGGCUAAUGACAGUGCUUUGAAAGAUGUGAACCCUAGGCAGCACGUUCCUUUGGAGGAAUAUGCUGCCAACCUGACAAGCAUGGUGCGCUACCUGAAGUCCAUAGACAUCACUGAGGACAGGAUUAUUUUGAUAACGCCGCCCCCUCUUCAGGAAUCAGCUUGGGAAAAGGAGUGCCUUGCCAAAGGUGACAAGCUGAAUCGCCGCAAUGCCACCACUGGGGAAUAUGCGCAGGCCUGCGUUCAAGUGGCAAGGGACUGCGGGACUGACGUGCUCGACCUGUGGACACUGAUGCAGAAAGAUCAGGAUUUUUCUUGCUAUUUGUCUGACGGGCUUCACUUAUCAAUGAAAGGGAAUAACUUCCUCGUGGGACAGCUCUGGUCACACCUGGAAAAAAGACUCUCAGCUCUCCCUUCAUUGCUUCCUUACUGGCGGGACGUGGACCCCCAGAACCCCGAGGUGAGCCUGCUGGGAGCUGCCCUGCAGGAGUGAAGCCCAGCCUGCCUGAUGGAGCGAGUACAGCACGUACAGCUGUGUUGUACCUCUGCGCCCCCGCUGAUGGUGAUGAAGAUUGAAGUGGACCGUCUGCUCUGUAAUCAUUUCUUCCAAUAAAGAUUGGCCAAGAGGUGGAAAUGGCA